CAACAGAAAGCGAAAAAAGUCCUGGUGCUGAGAUGUAAAUUUGUAAUUUAUACAGUAGAGGAUGCUGUGAAAGUGAAGAGAUUUUAGUGUAAAAUAUUGAUGUGACAAUGUAUAAUGCUGAUUUGGCAUAGUGUAUAGUGCUAACCUACUAUUACUUCUGCCAGCAGACAGCUAGCUGACAUGACCGUUUGCCGCGAACUCGGUGAAACGAGGGCAACUUUUUUUCUGAAGCUUGUUUCAUUCGAGUUCUCUCCCCUGUACAUUCAACUACACCAUGAACUUGUGUUGCUGGACUGCUGGUAGACGAUUUCUUUGUUUUUCUUUUGUUUCUGUCUUCUUGGUUGUUGUUUUUUUUUCUUCGUCUUUUCGUUCUUCUUAGCAAUCUUCAUUUCACCAUUGUUUAAUGAAUCGACUACAGAAACAAUGAAUUUCGAAAAGGAAUAACUGAGUCCUCGGUAACAGAAAAAAAGAUAAUCACACGAUGUUCUGUUGUUGAAUAUUCGCUUCAACGCUCAGAUGUAGUUAGUUUAUACUUAUUGUAAUUUCCUAAAGAUAAUGGCCACACACGUUAGUGGAUUAAAAUGUUUGUAUAAACAAAUAUCUGCUUUGUUCAAACGUGCCGUGCGAACUUCCAAACGCAGCCAUUUCGUUAUCAUUUCGUUAUCUGGGCAAAAAUCGCUUCUUAAACAUGACAAACUGAGCGAUGUUUUCUCAUGUGACUCGGACAUAGAGUUGUUGAACUGAGCCACGCUCACUGUUACAAACACUACUUAAUUGCACGUCAGAGAACUCUCCAGUCCAGGAGAGUAACUUUCAUCUGCUUUCCUAGUCACAGAUGAGAGUGUCGAUGUUUGAAGGCUUAUAUAUUGAAAAUUAGUCAUUAUUAUGUAAUCAUAUUUUGGGAAUUAUUAUUUUAAAAUGAACUGAACCUGAUCCUAAAGAAAAAACUAUUGUACAUUGGUAUUGAUUGUUAAAAAUACACGCAAGACGAAUGCUAAUACUAAUUAAGAACUAAUUAUGCACUAAUGUUGAUUCUAAUACUAAUACAUUACAAUAAUAAUAAUAAUAGGAUUUAUUUAGCCCAUUUCCAUAUACACAGCCGAGCUCUACAAGGUUUAAAGAACAGUAGAUAGUGAAGAGAAGGGUAUCACAAUCAGGCAAACAGACAUGAAUAGGAAACACUGCCAGCAACAUGAGAGAAUCUGGAGAUAGUAACAGGCAGGAGACAGCGAUUACAGUAGAUAUUUCCGAAAGAGAUAGGUUUAAAAACCCCAGGGGAAAGUAUGUAAUGACUCUACUGUAGGGAGAGACAGAGGCAGGGCAUCCCAAACACUGGGCUUGCUGUGUCAAUCUGAACAUUCAUAACAAUGUCAGGUUUGUAGAAAUCAGCCUGGAGGCUCAAGUGCUUCCAUAUCUCUAGUAUCUGUAAUAAUCAUGACUACAUUAUUAAGUUAUUAAACGGCCAUUUGGGUAAAUGUAAAUAACUGUAUAAACACCGGAAUCUCCAUCCAUCCAGACAGUAGCCUCGCCAGCUAAAACAUUUUUACAGGGCUUAGUAAGAGGAAGGAGGCAGUAACAUCAUUUCUCUAUCACCUGAGGGAGCGCCAUGGUGUCUGACGGGCUCAAGACAGCAGUCAGCCGACACCAGUCGCCAUCCACAGUCACUAGGAGGCACCCGGGGUACAGAGGAGCAAACUGAUUACAGAAAAGAUGAAGAUGACGAGCAUUCCUAAAGGGCUUGUACACUUGCAACCAAAGCAGCUCAGCCCAACCUUUGCAGAGGUGAAACCCGAGUGCUACCCGCGCCUGUGAGCGUGUUCACAUACCCGCAUACCCGAUUAUUCAGGAUUGCGCGUGCACACACACACAGCCAUACAUGCAUACACAGAUGCACACACAGAGACAUGCAUAGAUAGAUGCAUACACACAGAUGCGCUCGCACACUCGCACACACAGAAUGACGAAUGCGUGGGGAACAAACGAGGGAGGAAAAAAAACCCAACAAAAUUCAAGCGAGAGAGAGAGAGAACAACCAACACAUUCAACAUGUACAGAUGUGGACAUCAGCCUACGGUUGCUAGAGGGAUUGCACUGAAACCCGGCAACAAGGCUGAGACUGAGAACGCACAGGCUGCAAAGAUGGGCACAACACCUCGCUGGCCACCCUGGGUGCGCUGACAGCAGGAGAAUGAAAGUGUCCUGCAACUCACCCGUCCUCCCAGACCGACAUCUGGCUUUUGCCCCGCGUCCCGGCCGGCCGCCUAUUUGUCACCAUCGCCAGCAAGGAUGAAGGGAACAAGUUAGAGCAGGACACACGGUGCUUGUCACACGGCGUAACUUGUAAGCAAUUAGUUGUUCAAGGCGGGACGUGUGUUGGUGCGACAAGAAGAUGGCCUAGGCCGAAGACAUUCUCCGAACCUCGUGAAAGAUAAUUGCUUGCUUCUCCUGACAGUGCGAAAGGAAGUCAACUUCGUGCCUGGCAUGCAUUCUGGGUUCUUGAAUGUGGCGAUGGCCUCUGUCCCUGCCAUCCUAUUAGGUGUUCUGGCGCCCUUGUGGGCUGCUGAGACGAAAGUGUCGAAUGCUUGCUACAGCACAGGAACCUGUGGGCACCACUACCUGUCGUGUGGGCCGGAUGAAACCAUCCACCUGGUGGCGCUGUCGUACGGGUUCAAACCCUCCAGCACCUUCACUAGUCAGGGCUGCCAGGCGCUGCUGACCAACUGCGACGCCAACGUCAGCACCGCGGCCUGCUGUCAGUACGACAACAACAACGACUGCCUCAGGUCCUACUCCAAGGACAACCAGGACAAGUUCCACCAGAAGUGCGACGGACAGGGGGACUGCACUCUUCCGGCUGCUUACAGCUACGGCGGAUGUGACGCCAUGGAUGCCUCUGGCCUCAACCAUGCCUCCUCCUUCUCCCUCAUCCAGUACAAGUGUGAACGCAUGUACACAGAGAUGUCCACCAGCCAAACAUCCACCGAGACAAGACCCCUCGAGUCCCUGUCGACGAAAGAGUCUCAAGAGGGAAGCAGUGUUAGCUCAGCCCCACUAGUGACACCUUGUGACACGUGCACGACACACUCGCACGAGCAGACUCAAGAAACCGGCCAGAAAACAGGGAAAUACGAUGUUCUGCAGCUGGCCAUUGGUGUUUCUGUGGGAGCAGGCCUUGGAGUCGUCGCUCUUAUUAUCAUUGCAUGUGUUUGCUGGAUAAGAAUUCGAAGGAAGCCCCUGCCCCUGAAUGCCAUCACAAUGAGACAAGCGGACAGUCGGAGCGUGUCUGACAGGACGUCCACCACACGGACACUCGGCUCCCACCGUCCGUCCAGCGCCUGGUCCCUGCCCUACAGCGCCCUGGAGACAGACACAGACAUCAUCCAGUCCUCGCAUCCCGACAGUGUGUACAGCGUCCCCACAGACAUGCUUUCCUCCGUCAGCAGCUUCAACUACUCCGCCUUCCUCAACAACGUGGGCAUAGGUGGCGGCCAUGUCUCGUCUCCAAGAGAAACGGUUCCGAAUGUCGUGAACGGCGUGCUGCUGUUGCCGGCAGGAGAUGGAAUAAUAGUGAACGAGAUUUUGUCGAUGGCGCAAAAAUCACAUGGAAUGGUUCCAACCCAAGAGGUUCCCUACCAACAAGAGAACAAAAACAAACAGUGUUGUUUCCAUCUCGUCUCAGACGACAGAGACUUGGCCUCCAGGGCAUGAAAGUCGUGUCGCCGAGCAACAUCCAAUCACAGGGAUCGUUACAAGAUCGUCUGACGAGCCAAUCACAAACAACGUGACUUCCUCGCCCUUCCCAUCCGACCAUCUGCACUGCAGACGCACUUCUGUGGCGGGAGACGAGAGGAGACCACCCUGGGUUGGAGUCCAGCAUCCAGAACACGUCUGUGGAUGGCAAAAAUAGUUUAGAGAAGAGAGCAGUACAAGACUGCUCGCAAGACAAGUCGAAAUGUGAGAAUUUGUCUUACCAUAAUGGCAUCAUAGCGGAUACCAUCAACAGUCAUUUUUGACGAUAAUAAAACCUUGAUGCCAGAAGAAGUCAGAAGCGGUAAUCUGUCUGCUGGGAACUUCAGUAAAUAAAAAUGCCAUGAAAUUCAGUGAAUAGAUAACAUACAUGGAUGACGGAAACUUGUCCUGUCAUGCGCACUUGACAAGUUUCUCGAUUCGAAAGUUCCCGAAGUGUUUACUGCCAGAAGUAUAUACAUAAACCUACCCUGUACAUUUUGACAGAUUUUCGCUUUGGUAGGCACCGAGAGGGGGAAAUCUUUAACCCCGCAAUAUCAAUUUUUUCGAAAGAUGGAAGAAUUUAAGAAAGACCCAGACAAAGCGGCAAUAAAUAAAAUGUAAGUGAACACACAGUAACAUUCACAGAUGAAGGAAGUAGAGAGAUGUGUCAUUUAAAAAUUGAACAAUAAAUAUUUUCGGCAAUGUUCUCUCAGCGGCUACCUGGCCAGAUGGGGACAAGUACAGAAGCUGACGGUUAAAUUGUUGGCGACCUCCCAGACAGACUGUUCCCCUCGUCGGACUUUAAAAAAUUCACCUGGUAUCUCAGCCUGGGUUAGGUCUAGGAGAGGGCCGGUCAGUGUUCGGUUUGUGGAGAAAGAAUGGACAAAAAAAUAAUCUUUUCUGAUGAGGAUAUUUGGAAUAUAAUCAAAGCUCAGAAGGUGUGUGUGUGCAAUGAGAACAAGAAUGUGUGUGUAUGGGUGGAUUUUGUGAGCGUGCAUAUUUGUGCGAAUGUGAGAAAAUAAACUGUAAAUAAAAAUCUAUUGUCUAUCGUGUGACUUGGAAGCUUUUUC